AUAGAUGCUUAAUUCUGCUGUGCUGAUCAGACGACAACAGAGUCAGUUCAAAUGGAGGGGUUUUAUGCUCAGAGCUUCGUUCUCUUCGUAUUUUGUUCUUGCUAUGCCUUUUCACAUGAUACAGAUGUUUAUGAUAAUCUCUGGCAGCCAUAUCAAAGGAAUGCUGACCCAAGAAAUGCUUUCUCAGACGACAUUAACGAAUGCYUAUUCACAUCAUGGACAAAAAAWAWRAAWAAUGAAAUGCCUGUGUUARGCAGUAAGAUUKAUUGUARCAACGCUUCCCGKUACUCUCAGCUAUGCUACAGCCCUCGACCAUCCCGUAAACAWGCUCUUUUUGCCUUGUGUUACGACAAAGUAACCUUGAUUCCAGUCUUAACCGGUCACAUCGUCAAGCCAGCCAAAGGAUCGGGAAGAAAAGCUGACUUUAGGACAGACAGAGGGAAAUACGCUCCAAAACCACAAGCAGCAGUAGGCGACUACAGCGCCAAAAAACAAGAAAAACAAUAUCCAAAAUUCAAUCAAAAAGAAAACUAUUACUGCGCCAAGGGACAUCUCACGCCAAACUCUGACUUCGGYGACGAUGACGAGAGGGAAGAGACGUUUAUUAUAACUAACGCAGCCCCGCAAUGGCAAAGGUUUAACGAGGGGAAUUGGUUGGCUGUAGAAGCAGCCGUCAGAGAAUACGUACAUGUCAAUAGUUCUAUGGUGUAUGUGUUUACAGGGACUGGUGGUAUAGCAAAAGACAACAGUGGUCGUCCUUACAAGCUGAACGGUCGAGUUCAAGCCCCAAAAUACUACUGGAAAGCCAUCUGCAAUCCUGCCAUCCAGCAGUCCAUCGUCUUCGUAGGAACAAACAGCGUCGGUAGCAGAAAUAGUACAAGGGAAAUAGUGGGAUGUAACGGAUCGAAGCAGUCAGAGGAGCUUGGAGUUGUGUAUUGCGACAGCUUAAACAACAUUAAGAAAAACAGAGAAUAUUCGGACUUUUUUCUGCCUCCGUUUUAUGAGACGAGCUGCAAAACAUCUCAAAAAGGAAGCUUUCUGGACUCAUUCAUUGAUUUUAAAUAGAAACUCGUUACUGGUGAAAUUGUUCACUAUAUAACUGUUUUUUUCCUACUGCAGAAGUACUAUAGCAAUCUUUUUCCAGUGGCUUGGUCAGUGGAAUUAAUAUAAAACCCGUUAUUACGUUCCGAAGUAAAGCGCGCGUUACUCGCAUGCACUCGUCGUGUCCAAGCGAUUAACUUAGAUUAUUAUAAAGACAAAGAUUAUAAAGUUACUCACGGCUUACUUACUGAAUCACAUUUAUAAAUUCUAUUGAAUUAUUAKAAAAUUAAGAUCAUAGAUAAUAAAAAAAUAUCAUUAAUCAUG